CGCGCGAGGGGCCGCGCGUGGGUCGGCGCGCUCGGCGGCAUGAAGGAGACGCCGCUCUCCAACUGCGAGCGCCGCUUCCUGCUCCGCGCCAUCCAGGAGAAGAAGCGGCUGGACGGCAGGCAGACCUACGACUACCGGAGCCUCAGGAUCGCCUUCGGCGCGGACCAUGGCUGCUGCGUCGUGGAGCUCGGGAAAACCAGAGUUCUUGGACAGGUUUCCUGUGAACUUGUUUCUCCAAAACUCAAUAGGGCAACAGAAGGUAUUCUUUUUUUUAACCUUGAACUCUCUCAGAUGGCUGCCCCAGCUUUUGAACCUGGCAGGCAGUCAGAUCUCUUGGUGAAGUUGAAUCGACUCUUGGAAAGAUGUCUAAGAAAUUCAAAGUGUAUAGACACUGAAUCUCUCUGUGUUGUUGCUGGUGAAAAGGUUUGGCAAAUACGUGUGGACUUACAUUUAUUGAAUCAUGAUGGAAAUAUUAUUGAUGCUGCCAGCAUUGCUGCCAUUGUGGCCUUAUGUCACUUCCGAAGACCUGAUGUCUCUGUCCAAGGAGAUGAAGUAACACUGUACGCACCUGAAGAGCGUGACCCUGUACCACUGAGCAUCCACCACAUGCCCAUUUGUGUCAGUUUUGCCUUUUUCCAGCAAGGAACGUAUUUAUUGGUGGAUCCCAGCGAACGCGAAGAACGUGUGAUGGAUGGACUGCUGGUGAUAGCUGUGAACAAGCACCGGGAGAUCUGCACCAUCCAGUCCAGCGGUGGGGUGAUGCUGCUCAAAGAUCAGGUUUUGAGAUGUAGUAAAAUAGCUGGCGUGAAAGUAGCAGAAAUUACAGAGCUAAUACAGAAAGCUUUGGAAAAUGACCAGAAAGUUAGGAAAGAAGGUGGGAAGUUUGGCUUUGCAGAGUCUAUAGCCAACCAGAGAAUCACAGCAUUUAAAAUGGAAAAGGCGCCCGUUGACACCUCCGAAGUGGAGGAGAAAGCGGAAGAGAUCAUUGCUGAGGCUGAGCCUCCCUCAGAGGUUGUUUCCCACCCUGUGCUGUGGACUCCUGGAACUGCCCAAAUUGGAGAGGGAAUAGAAAACUCCUGGGGUGAGCUUGAGGACUCUGAGAAGGAUGAUGAGGAUGAAGGUGGCAGUGAUGAAGCUGUCAUUCUUGACAGUAUGAAGAUGGACACUGGAGUAGAAGUCUCUACUGUUGGAAGCCAAGAUGCCCCCAUCGUACUCUCAGACAGUGAAGAAGAAGAAAUGAUCAUUUUAGAACCAGACAAGAAUCCGAAGAAAAUCAGAACACAGACCAUCAGUGCAAGAGAAGAAAAAGCAUCAAGCAAAAAGCCAGUGAAAAAGAGAAAAAAGAGACCUGCUAAUUAAAGCUCAUAUAGCUACUAUGCCUAUAACUAUUAAAAGGCUAUUCAGUGCUAACAACCACCUAGGUGUUUUUUUUUUUUUAUUCAUAAUCCAUUGUUAAACCUGGUUAUUUAUACAGAUUUUAAGUAAAAGGUAUUUUUCAUUCAGUGUGCAAAGGACUGACAGUCAUUUCAUCGUGACUGAUAAAGUAAGCAACGUUUAGAUUUAGAAAUGCUUAUAUUACACCCAAGCCAGCCAGCGAAUUGUCCAGUUGCUUAGAGAAGCGAAUUUGAAGGUCUGUUUCCUAAAAGCAAUGUUAGGAGAAACCUCACCACUCCCCACUCUAUAGUAAAACAAAUUUUUCUCAAUGAAAUCCUGACAUCAGAUUUUUACCUUAAAUUAAAUUUGACUUAGCAACCAGAUUUUCCAAAUCAAUUUAUUAAUUUGUAUUAUCUGGACAGCUGGCAUAAUUAAUACUUUUAACAAAACCACUUAAAAUAGCCAGACAUCUAAGACAGUUACAUGUACAAAAGAUACACAAAUUAAAACCAUUUAAAAAGUAAUAGAUACCAUAAUUUGUACUAGUCUAUAGCCUCUGUGUUCAGAAAUGAUUGUAAAACUAAAACGCAAGAUUAAAAACUGUACA